GUCAGACGGGGUGACAAAGAUGGCCGCCGAGUUUUCACUACCUGCGCGUUGGCGGCAAGCUGUCUGCAACUCUCUCGGCAAGAAAGCGGCCAAAUACACCACGGAUUUGAUGUGCGAUAUUAUAUCUGUGGACAGAGGUCUGAAACCGAUGUUUCUAGUGGAUUAUGGCGGUUUUGUUGGUUCGGAGAUGACGGCAUUCGUCCAGGAACUGUUACGAUCGGGGCUCGUUGAACGCAAACUGGCUGUUUUGACGGUCGAAUCUGAUGUUUUUGUACUAAAUGCUGACGCCAGUGUGGCACAUUUAGAAGCGGUGCAGUCUGAUUCUUCUAAAUUCGUAGUGGAUGUCACCUUCAGCUUACCAGAGCCUAGAGCAGCGACAGAAGACUGUACCCAGACUGUGCGUGACUGUGCCCGGGUUGUGGCGAAGUACAUUGCCACCAUGCGAGAAUCUUCGGUACUGCAGGGCAACAUUACACCAGAAAAAAGUUGGAACAUCUCCACGCUGUUUGGACUCUUUGUGGGAUACCCCGUUCUGUACUGGUACGAUCCUACACAGGAGGGCACAUGCCUUUCUAUGGUACCGCUGGCUGUUUAUAACGUUUACGUGUGUUUAGAAAAGAACUCAGGGACAGCUUUGAAAGAGAAGUCAUCAAUAUGCGAGUGUUCAGAAGAAAAAAGCCAUCACAAGCACAAACUCUACUCUUUUAGCAUUCCCAAGGCUUUACAGCAAGACUUCAGCAAGCAGACCGACUGUUGGUUUAAGAAAGUGCGGGAAUUAUUUGCCCUUCAGGGUGUGUUCUGUUGUGUGGAGAUGAAAUGUAUCGAGAUGACGCUCCCUACAGUAGCAUUGUGAGUCAUGGUAGAGAUCUACAUGUAACGUUACUAGUAUACUACAGCUGACGGUUGUAAGUUUGUUUGUUAGUUAGUUCUACGAGCUCGCGACUGUUGUAGACCCCUUGUAUUUAACGGAUUGGGCUCGCUGUUCAUUGUUUGAAAAGCUG